CAUUUGCGGCUUCGGCUUCAAGCAGGCUUCAGCCAGCUGUUGAAAGUUACAUACUGUUCCAAGCUCUCUUUUCUUAAAUUUUAACGCUUUGGGUGCAUUCGCCUUCUGCCUGGGAUUCCAACGACUUCUUCUUUCCCAGUUCGAUCCGGCUUGGGUUACACCCAAUAAAUUCGGUCCAAUCGCCCAGUCCAUGUGACAGGGACUUCGUUGCAACUGUAACCACAACAUAUAAAGCUUCCUACUUUACGAAAACCUCAGAGUACAGAAUAUGGCCCUACAAGCCUCACCAGCCGAUUCCCACGACGGCGUGUCGCAGGUGACACACCCAGCUGAGCCGGAACACAUCCCCCGCACGCCAAUAGGAGAUAACGGCAAGGACGAAGAAGACUAUAACUCCGAAGAGGAUUCUGAUUUUGAUGUUAACGCGCCCGCUGAAGAGGAUGUGGAAGAGGGGGAGGGCGAGGAGGAUGUCGAUGGUAGAACUGCGGAUGGCGGUCGACCCAGUAAAAGGAGGAAGUUAUCGCCUGAUCCUGACGAUGGAGAUGUUAUCAUGGAUGCUGAGUUCGAUUCUGGUGAUGAGGUUACGAUAAGAAUUGGGAAGGAAAAGAUGGAGAAGGCGAGGAGGAAGAAAGAGGGCGGAAAAAAAGGGAAGGUCAAAAAAGGCGAGAAGAAGCCUAGUGAUGAUGAGGAGGGUGAUGAUUUUGAGAUUGAUGAUGAUGAUGAUGUUGGUGGCGAGGGUGGGUUCGUGAGGACGAGAGGGAUGAGGAUGCGGAUACAAGAGGAACAACGGCCUUUAGCAAAAGCUGAUGGUGCUACGGUAGAUGUAGAUGCGCUGUGGGAAAAAAUGAAAGCGGUUGAGCCGAGCCCAAUCCCCCCGAAGCCUAGUGUUCUGACCUCAGAGGAAGGCAUGCCAAAGGAUGGAACAACAGUAAAUGAUUUCUCUCGCCAGACAGCCCCGGUACUUCCAGGCGAGGAAACCAUAACCAUAAAACGAGUCUACAAGUUCGCGGGCGAGGUUAUAACCGAAGAGAAAACCGUCCCUAAGGACUCCGCCGAGGCAAAACUAUAUCUCUCCUCUGAAGCAGAGAAGAAGAAAAAGAAGACUUCGAGCAAUACGAAAGGGGGUGACGAGCCCAACCACACAUCCGAUGCUGUUCGGAUUCCGCUGGGAAGGCCGCUACGCAGAUAUUCCCGCUUCGAUCCAAACCCACCUGACAUGAUAAAAAAGAGCUGGGAAAAGAAUACCGCUUUCCCCGGUGGUGCAGGAGCAGCUGAACAGCCCAAGGGGCCUAAACUAAAUACGGUCAUGAAGUCUAAACUUGACUGGGCUGAAUAUGUCGAUCGGGCAGGCAUCAAGGAUGAUCUUGACGUGCACAGUAAAGCCAAAGAGGGCUACUUGGGCCGGAUGGACUUCUUAAAUCGCGUGGAUGCGAAGAGAGAGGAGGAACGACGCAAUGCGAGACUGAAGAACUUAUAGCUUUGCGAAAUCAAAUACCCUAUGUUUACGUGUUACAAAUGCAUUCGACAGAAAUAAUGGUCCUUUUCAUGCCAUAUAAUCAAUGAAGGUUUAUUGAGGUUCUUCCGCCACGACCACCAUUACCUCUAUUUUCAUUAUGCGUCCCGUUCGGGAGAUUGCUUCUGCCCGGCGACACUGGCUUCCCAAUUCAUUUCAAAGUACGCCCCGGCAGUAAUAGGCUCAUAGAACCUUUUAGCCGGGGGCGCAGCACCUUGUUGGCCCUGGACCCAUUCUUUCCAUUCCGGUCCUAGAGGCAAGACAUCCACGGCAUACACUGGAUUCCCAUUGUUGAAAAAUGCGAUGCUAUAUCUAUCCACUCCCGGUGGUGGCGCAACCACCAUAUCCUUGGCGGAUGUGUACACACCAUUGGUGAAGCGGAAAAGGAGAUCGCCGCAGUUGAUAACGAAGGCGCCUGGCGUCGGCGGGACAGGGAUGUACGUCUGUGUUUUUUUUAAAUCGAGUACUUGAAGUCCGCCAACGUUGUCUUGUAGGAGGACAGUGAGGAGGCCCCAGUCGCUGUGGAGGCUGGCACCGAUAUCAUCAUGCUUAUCCUUUCCGUUUUCCUCAUCUCCACCGUCCCGUUCCGGUGUUUUAUAAUGGAUCAAACGGCAGAGGGACUCCUGUUGGCGAAAAUACCCGUCGAAAUAAGAGGGCUCCAAUCCUAACCCUUCAGCAAUUAGCUCGCUUAAUUUCCUCCCUUGCUCUCCCACAGCCCGGAAACACUCCGUCAGUGUCUCGCGGAAGCCGAUGAGGCCGUUUCCCACCGUUUCUUCCGGCUGAUCCUCCGUAGUAAUCUCCACCGCUGUCAGCCACUGACGAGAUUGGGGGUAAGAGGCACUCGGUUUGCGAGAAGGAAAAAAUAAAUGAAAGAUAUAAAUCUUAGGAGUGGGGAACGACUCUGCGAUACGUCUUUGCCUCUGAAUACCUCCUGUUUAUAUAUACCCAUGGAGGGCAAUAAUACCAUUCAACGAAAAUAUAUUAAUUAAGUUCCGCGAUGGGAACAUAGGAUGUUAAGGCCGGGAGGUAAAAAUAAGAGUGCGAAACUAGCAUAACGCACAUAGAUUGCAAGGAGCUCUUACGGAACAAAAUAGAGUAUUGUAUAUAAACACACACAAUCAAUGGGAGAAAGGGAAACCCUCGCAACUAUAAAUGAACAUGAGAUCAGAGCGAUGAACAAAGUAAGAAAAAAAAAAAAAAGGCAAGCCCAGAAAAAACAGGCAGAGGAAUUGGGUUAGUAUUAGAUUUGAACCAGUUUCAAGGAAAGAAAGAAGUUGGGACCCAUGCAAAAGAAAAGAAGGAGGGAACAAAAGGAAUGCAGAAUAGUAUAUAGUUCAAUGAAUCCAUUCAGACAAAAUCAAAAUCAAUUCGCUUCGCCCUACCCGCCUGCCGUAGCCUGUCCUACCUACCAGUAAAAUAAAUUGGAAAUCCCCGAUGAACCCAGCCUUGUUUCAAAACAAA